GGGCACCAAGCAGGAAGUGGCUGCGGCGCGGCCCGGGCGCGGCCUCCGCAGGGCGCGCCUCCUUCGUGGCGCCGUGCUGUGCGGCCGGGCCGGGAGGAGGCGGGAGCCCGAGUCCCAGCGCGGGGAGCGAGAGCUAAUGGCGGCGCCUGCGCUCAGGGGCCCCGGAGCCGCCGCCUCGGCCGCCCUGGACGAGCUGUCCCGGAACCUCACGUACGGGGCGCUGGGCGCCGGCAAUGGCUCCCUGUCGGGCGCUUGGUACCGCCGGAACCAGAUUCACCUUUUUGGAGUUUUGCUGGCCAUUUUAGGAAACUUGGUAAUCAGCGUUUCCCUAAAUAUUCAGAAAUAUUCGCAUCUUCAGUUGGCGCACCAAGAACACCCAAGGCCACACUUCAAGAGCGUGCUGUGGUGGAGCGGCAUCAUACUGAUGGCUGUGGGAGAGACAGGAAACUUUGCAGCCUAUGGAUUUGCCCCCAUUACUCUCAUUGCUCCAUUAGGCUGUAUGUCUGUUACAGGUAGUGCCAUUAUUUCUGUUAUGUUUCUGAAAGAAAAUUUGAGAGCCUCAGAUUUACUAGGUAUGACACUGGCAUUUGCAGGAACAUAUUUAUUGGUGAACUUUGCUCCAAAUAUAACUCAGGAUAUCUCUGCAAGAACAGUACAGUAUUCCUUUGUUGGCUGGCAGUUCAUGACCUACGGGGUUUUAGAAAUACUCAUUUUCUGCAUUCUCCUAUAUUUCCAUAAAAGGAAAGGAAUGAAACACAUUGUGAUUCUGCUAACCCUCGUGGCACUUCUAGCCUCAUUGACUGUUAUUUCAGUAAAAGCCGUCUCAGGCAUGAUCGCUUUUUCUGUGACGGAUAAAAUGCAACUAACUUAUCCCAUCUUCUAUAUCAUGUUUAUCAUCAUGAUAGCGUCUUGUGUUUUCCAAGUCAAGCUCCUGAAUCAAGCCACAAAACUCUACAAUACGGCGACGGUGGUGCCCAUUAACCAUACUUUCUUUACAAUCAGUGCCAUUAUUGCAGGUAUCAUAUUUUAUAAGGAAUUCCUUGGUGCAACUUUUCUCACUAUAUUUAUAUAUCUUUUUGGGUGUUUUCUGUCAUUCCUUGGUGUGGUUUUGGUCACAAGAAAUCGAGGAAAGGAACGUCUGCCACAGUCUUACAUUGAUAUUGGACAUGUCCCUGGGAAACAAACAUUGCACAAAAUACAGCCAGAUUCAAACGGCUUAUCCUAUGGAACUUUGCCUGAUGGAAGUGACUCCACAAAGAGCCCGAGUGGAGAGAAGAAAGAGGUCUGAAAUGCCGAGAGGGAUGGCUGCUGGCCUGUUAUUCGAUACCACCUUUUAAAAAAUUGCACAUGUUCAAUUUGUGUCAGCAGCUAUUUUAUGCUGACAUGUGCUCCCAUUUGUUUCAGAGUCCUUUACCCCACCUCCAUGUCUACGGACUAUCAGGGCCUUCCUAAGCUUUGACAGUCUAAUGUGUGCAUGGAAUGUGAUUUGAAGUGUUCCCCACACCCUGGACCUCUCCCUAGUGAUCAUCGAACUGGCUAGGUCUUAAUUAGAGCCUGGCUGCCCAAGCAGGAAUGUCACACAAAAAUGUGCGUUCACGAGUUGGCUGCAGAACACAUCGGUUGCUUUUCCCAUACAGCUUGCAAGGUCAGUUGCUUUGUUUUAAAGGGACACUUUAGCCCCACCACCUCGCUCCUAAACCAAAGGUUUGAGAGCGUUCAUUUUUCCUAAGACAUCUUUUAUGAACCUCCCCAAAAACAUUUCACCUUCCUAUUCCCAGAUUGAGUGGUGAAUCAUCUUUUCUGAAAACUAGGCGUAUCACCAAUAUCCUUUGAAAAUUAAGGGUGUCUUUAAAUUAGAAUUUAUACCCCAUUCUAUGAUGGGGUAUACCAAAAUCAAAAGACCUUGACUGGUGGAUUUUUUAAGCUUAAGAAAGGAAAACUUUAAGAAUUAGUACCAAUUUUUUAAAUAAAAAUGUAAUAGAAUGGUGACGUUUUCUUCAGCUGUACGAUCCUAUUAUACUUGAAUUGAAACUGAAGACAAACUUCAUAUACUAUGCCUCUAUUUGUUGAGAUCUUAUAAUUUAUCAAGUGGGUUUUUAUGUUUUAACUUUUAACACGUCUCAAAGAUCAUAUUUAAGUUCUUAGUGAUAUUUUCACUAACACUCUGUUUCUUCCUCAAGGCAUUACUUCAAGCUUUAGAGUAAAAUUCUUCUAGGUAAAAGAACAGUUACGAUUAGAGAACUGGAUUUCAGCCUUUUCAAAUCUGUAGACAUAGAACACAGCCAAGGGGUCCAACCUAAGUCAAGGGAGGAAACCCAGGUGCUGCCAUGCCCUGAAUGGCUCUUCCGCUGCCAUAGUGACAUAGCUACUAAGAUACAUUUGCAGGUAGAGUCCAUAAUCAUAUCUGUUAUUAUUUAUGAUCUCCUACUAUUUAAAUGAGAAGAAAAGAGCUAGCUUUCAUUAUCACCAACACCAAAUAAUAAGCCCCAUCCUUAAUGACAUUUCAAAACCUUCAGAUCACUUCUGACAGGCCAGUCCAAUAUUAUUCCAGCUAAUUGUCUUGCAUUUGUUUGGUUGUUUAACUCAGAACUAUUGAAACUAUAGUCUUAACUGC